ACGAGGUCGAAACAAAUAUUGGUAACUAUGAAGGCGAUAUCUUGAUGACGGAGCGUCAGAAGGAAACGGUCAUCUCGGGACGGGAUCCGAUUGUGACCGAGGUGGACAAAUGGGUCAACAACCUGGUGCCGUACGUGAUCGAUUUCGAAUUUUUGACAUUGGUACACGCUAAACUGAUCCAGGAAGCGAUGGCCAAGAUCGAGGAUGUAAGCACAAUUCGAUUCGUUCCAAGAAAACAGGAACAAGAUUACCUGGUAGUUUCGGGAGAGUCAUCUGGAUGCUGGUCGACGUUGGGUCGCAACAAAGGGUUAAAUCGAAUGAACAUCUGCCCGGAAGGAUGCAUGAUCGAGGGUGCCAUCAUCCAUCAGUUGAUGCAUGUUCUUGGUGUUGGACACAUGACCAACCAACAGGAUCGCGAUUACUACAUCGAUAUCAAUUGGUAUCACGUGCGACCGGAAAGUGUGCAAAGUCUACUAAUAUACGAGGGAAGAGUUAUGCCAAACUAUGGCAUCCCGUUUGAUAUUGAUAGUAUUAUGAACUUCGGACCAACACACUUUAGCCGGGAUGGAAUGGAAACGAUCGUCCCAAAGAACGGAAACCAAACCAUUGGUCAACGUAAGGAACUGAGCGGAAAAGACAUCCGCAGAUUGAAUAUGAUGUAUCCUUGCGGAUACUGUUGAACCUGGCAUCGAUUUAACUGGCACCGUUAU